AUGCACUUCUCUAAUGUUUUAGUCGCUUCGGUUGUGGCGCCGCUUGUGGCUGCCCACGGAGGAAUUCCUGGUGCACCCAAGAUUUUUGGUCUGCCCACAGACUUGAAAGCCCCUGCUGCUGCGCGUGUACUUCGUCACGCUCCUAACCCUAAGCGGGGUUUGUUGGAGACCCGUCAAGGUGGUCAGAACGGUCGUUGUGGCCCUGACUUUGGUGGCGCUUCAUGCUCGGCAGGCUUUUGCUGCUCUGGUGCAGGAUACUGCGGUACAUCCAAGGACCACUGUAACGCCCCUGACUGUCUUAUCGAUUUUGGCCCUGCAUGCGAUGCCAACAAGACUCCCGCCGGCGCCAGCACCCGCAACGACGCUCGUCCCCAGAAGGGCAAUGUUGCAUACGGCGGCGAAGGUGUCUACGUCUGUCAGACUCCUGGAACCGUCGCUAUCACUUACGAUGACGGCCCUUACAUCUACACCGACCGCGUGCUUGACCAAUUCAAGCAGUACGGCUUCAAGGCCACCUUCUUCGUCACUGGUAUCAACAUCGGCAAGGGCGCCAUCGACACCACUUCGCAAUGGUCGAACGUUAUCAAGCGUAUGGUGGCUGAAGGCCAUCAAGUAGCCAGCCACACCUGGUCUCACCAAGAUCUCAGCAAGAUUACCGACGCUCAGCGCUACGAUCAGAUGGUCAAGAACGAAAUGGCCAUUCGCAACAUUAUCGGAAAGUACCCUACCUACAUGCGUCCUCCCUACUCUUCUUGCAACGAAGGUUGUCAGGCUGUGUUGAAGAACCUCGGAUACGUCGUCUCAUACUUCGACCUCGACACCGAUGACUACAACCAGCUCUCCAACAUUCAGGUCGCCAAAGACAACUUCAAGCGCAUCCUCGACGAGACUCAAGGUGGCCCUCAGUCUGGCGACCGCCUUGCCAUCGCUCACGACAUCCACGAGGCCACCGCUCUUUCCCUGACCGGCUACAUGCUCGAGUACCUCAAGUCCAAGGGUUACCGCGGUGUGACCAUGGGCGAGUGCAUGGGCGAGCCAGAGGCGAACUGGUACCGUACCUCGGGCGAGAGCGGCUCCAGCCCAGCCCCCAACCCUGGCAACGGCGGCAGCGUGUCAACCGAUGGUGCCUGCGCUGGCAACGGAAAGACAUGCCAAAACUCUCCCUUCGGUAACUGCUGCUCCCAGUACGGUUGGUGUGGCAGCACCGCUGACCACUGCGGCCAGGGCUGUAACGGAUCGUUCGGUACUUGCGGCACUGGAAGCACUCCCGCCCCAUCUAAGCCUGUGUCCACCGAUGGUACCUGCGCUGGUACUGGUGGAAAGACUUGCGCAGGAAGCCCAUUCGGAAACUGCUGCUCGCAGUACGGCUGGUGCGGUUCGACUGCAGACCACUGUGGUGCGUCUUGCAACAAGAGCUUUGGUAAUUGCAAUUAGAGUGUUUGCUAUCGUGACGGCCGAUUCUUGUAGCAUAGCUUGGCGCGGGUUAGAAGGUUGGCGGUGUUCGUAGCCUAUUGGCAGUGUCAAGGGACUGCUAGUUGAUACAAUGUAACAUAUAUGAACAGCUUACGAAAUGAAAGUUGGC